CUUCGGCUCUGAGCCAGAGAAGGAAGCAAUGGCUCCGCAGCCGAACACCGGGAUCUUUGUCGGGCUGAACAAAGGCCACAACGUCACGAAGAGGGAGUUGCCUCCUCGCCCUUCCAGCAGAAAAGGGAAAACCAGCAAAAGGGUGCACUUUGUGAGAAAUGUAAUCAGGGAAGUUGCUGGGUUUGCUCCCUAUGAGAAGAGGAUCACUGAGCUUCUCAAAGUUGGUAAGGACAAGCGUGCAUUGAAAGUAGCAAAGAGAAAGUUGGGUACACACAAGAGAGCCAAGAAGAAGCGUGAGGAGAUGGCCAAUGUUCUCAGGAAGAUGAGGUCUGCUGGAGUGACUGAGAAGAAGAAAUAAUUUUGUUGGGUGACUGCAUAAUGUAUCUCCAUAGUGUCAGCUAUUCUGAGUCGUGAGCUUAUGAAGUUCGUUUCGUUGUGCGCCCCUCUAAUAUAGGUUGAUCAGACAGCAAGACAAUUUAUUUUUGAAAUUCGGCAAUUUUCAUAGGAAAUCAUUAUUUUGAUAUUUGAGAGCAUUGUUGUUUGAUUAGUAGUAUUAAUUUAGUCAUGGAUGGUUGCAGCUAUGGUUGAAACCGAAUGGCAGAGGUCAUAUUCCCAUUUGACUUGACCCUUUCAAUUGCAGAAUGAGGUAUAUUGUGAUUGCAAACUCCCCAGCUGGCUUAGUGUUACCAAAAGAAAUAAAAAGAAUGCAGACUCCCCAGCAUGCUUAUAUUU